AUGAAGUUCUCCACCGCAGCUAUUGCCAUCCUAGCCGGCGUCGUCGCCGCGGCACCCGCGUCAAACGUUGCCCAGAGCCGCGAGCGCCGUGCCACCGGAGGUAGUGACGUCGCCCAGCAAAUGCAGUCCACUUUUGCCCGCAGCAACGGCGACGCCGGCGUCAACGAAGAUGGUGCUGGAGGCGACAACGCUGCCGAUGAAGAGAAUGCCGCCGACAACGGCGGCGGGAAUGCCGCUGAUGAGGAAGAUGCCGCUGGCGGGGGCGGUGCCGUCGAAGAGGAUGCCGCUGGCGGUGCGGCCAACAACGCGACCGCGAGCACCGGAGCCGAUGGCAGCGCCGGAUCCGCCAGUGGGUCCAACAAGAACAAGAACAAAAACAACGCGCGCAGCGGCCGCUCCCUUAACCUCUACGCCGCGAGGAAGAUUACCCGCGGCCACGGGUCCGCUUUCGCUGUUGCCGUCCACAGCGGUGGUAGCGACAGCAGCCCCGGCAGGGGAGACGGGGAGGACUCUGACGGCUCCAGUCCUGUAGAUGUCAAUGACUAUGACAAUGACUGGGACAACGGCAAGAAGCGGUCGAGGAAGAAGCCGUCUUGGACGUCCGAAAAGGGCGGGGGUACUCGGCCCAAGGGCGACGGGAGACUUGAUCGGACUGGUGGCGGUCUCAGGGCGGAGGAGAGUAUCGCGGCGAUUGGCCGGCCGGACGUCCCUGGGUUCGGGCUCGGGUUUACUGAGUUGUCGGAGUUUUACGACAUCCGGUGUGACUAG